CGGGGCUCAUCAUAGUGAUGACAUCCUAUAGACAUAUCACCGACAUCGAUAUUCGUGUUGCUAUCGUCCUGUUCGCCGCUCUCAAUAUCUAUGUGGAUGCCGAGCCGGGCGUCCUGGGCCAUUGGAAUCUUUCUCCUUUAUGCGAGGCCUCUCGAUAGGAUCCAUUCAACCUUACACCGGAGUGUCAGGAGCUGUAGCUCAAUCCCUGGCGGUCAUGUGGAAACAUUUCCCGAGUUUUAGCGCCGGUAUUAUCCUUGUCUCCACCGUGCAAUUCUUCAACGCCUGCAUGCUUGAGCAGGAGACGAGGAGUGUGAUGCUUCAUAAGCGAGCCUUUCGAUUUGUGGAAUAUCGUCGUGGACUGAGCGGAGAAGCGGAAGCUUUUGUCUGCUUCAUUUGGCCCGUGGAUCACUUUCCUGAUCCUAAGACUUAUCUUCGAGCGAUGCCGGACGCAGUGCGCUAUCUCAACAUCACAAAUGACAUUCUUUCAUUUUACAAGGAAGAACUGGCAGGAGAAACUGGUACCUAUGUUCACGACCGCGCCUUCACUACGAGAAGCACCCUGCUUCAGACUAUAAGUCAAGCAGUCAAUGAAGCCAUCGCUACGGCUGAGCGCAUUCGCAAAUUGCUUGGGAAGGGGGCGGCUAGGGACGCAUGGGACAGCUUCGAGAGAGGUUAUACUACAUUCCACCUGCUCAGUCCGCGAUAUCGGCUUCAAGAGAUACUGGGAGGGGAAUACAUGAUAGACCUCGAUACAAUUUCAAUUGGUUCAUAGACGAAGAUGAAUGGUCUGUCAGCACCUCGGCGUAGGGAAUCGGUGACCACGAAGAAAUGUGAGCGACGGCGAAAACGGGGAUCCAUGGAUCGUUCGGUUGGCCAUAUGUUCCAAAUUAUACUUCAGCAGUGGACACUGGAGAAACAAAGGAACCGCUAGGCGCGAGUGGAUAAGCUCCUGUCGGAUAGGUCAGAAGUUAGAAAUUAGUCCCGACUCGUAGAAUG